AUGGUCAUCGUCUCGACGGAUAUUAAAGAAUGCGCGGGUAAACUGCGAAGUACGUUACUUUCAGCUUUGGUGACGAAAUUACAAGACAUCGCUCCGAGUUAUGAUUACGAUGAGAACACACCAGGAAACGGGUUUAGGUUUUUCUCACCUUCUGUAAAUAGGAUAUUCCGAGUGAUAGGUAUUGUGCUUGCAUCAUACAGUUUAUCAUGGGAAAAAGGACAUGGUCCUAUUGGCUCAAUCAUAAAUACGGGACGGUUUUUUCUGAGUCCUGAACAACGAGCUUCGCGGAUCGUUAAGGUUACAAAAGAAGCAGACAUCGACUUUUGUAAAGGAUUUUGGAAUUUGGCAGAGUUAAGCAAUAAUAUGCCGAAAUGGUUCAGUCCAAACAUGGCCAUUAAUGAGUUGCGUGAAAUCAACUGGGUAGGUCCUAUCACAGUGGAGACCACCCAAGGUGGUAAAGUGAAAAUACCUGAACCAACAGCUCAUACCGGUCCACGUCCAGUGCAAAUACGUAUCUUAUCACCUGUACAUCGACCUCACAUGUCUCCAGCGGGUAGUUCAAAUCAACAACCAGCCUCACCUUAUAUAGUUUUUCAUUGUCAUGGUGGAGGAUAUGUAGCCACUUCAAGUAAAUCGCAUGAGACCUACCUCCGAAUGUGGGCAAAACUUUUAAAUUGUACUGUGGUAUCAGUGGAGUAUUCGUUAGCGCCGGAGAAUCCUUUCCCACGGCCCACCGAGGAAGUAAUGUUCGCCUAUGCGUGGAUCAUCAAUAAUCCACAUUUAGUCGGUUGGACUGGCGAGAAAAUGUGCAUGGUUGGAGAUUCAGCUGGUGGUAAUUUGAUAAUGUCAGUGAAUCUUCGACUGAUUGAGUUGGAUGUGAAAAAGAAACCGGAUGGUAUUGUUCCCGUGUACACACCGUUUUUAUUUCAGUAUCUACCUUCACCAUCUCGGUUAUUGAGUGUAAUGGAUCCCCUUCUUCAUAUGGGAGUUGUAUUGCGAUGUGUUGCCGGUUAUGGGAGCUUUCAAAGGAUUGAAGAGAACCAAGAUAAUGCAGGACAUAAGUCCUUGCAGGAAUACGUGGAACAAGUCCAGAAAUCUCAACGGUUUGACUUUGCGGGUGGUUCUCAAUCGAUAGUGUCGUUGGUGCAAAAUGUGAAAGAUCCCAAUGAACAAAUACACCCAACUGAGGCCGGCUCCUUUUUCGUAGACAAAGAAAAACAGGACCGAAUUGCUGAGGAUGAGGUUGAAGAGGAAGGUAGUGAGGAAGAUGAGGACACCCGGAGUGUGAGCAGUGUUCAUAUCGGCUCUGAUCCCUUACAUAUCCAACUUUCGUCCACAAUUUUCGAUAAUCAGCUCCUAAACUACCUCAUCAAACAUCCAACAACUAAAGACUCUUUGACGAUGGUCGACGAAAACGGGGAAGUGAUUGAGGACAUCGACGAAGGAUUGACGGCAAAUCCUGUACCAGAGGAGAAAGAGAGGAAACGUCCGGGCCUAUUGAAUGUCAUCAGUGGUGGUGCAGCGUCGAACACCGUUCCAAACACUCCAUGCGAAGGUCGAGCUGGCAUCAUCAGCAGUACAUCAUCUAAUAAUUUCCAGAGUCAGACCGCUCAGGUCCAUAAACGAUCUCUUUCACAAAGUCUUGCUGAUACAGCAGUUCUAGCAGCAGGACAUGCUCUUGACAAUUUACAGGACUGGUUUGAAAAACCUAGCAAGGAGAAGCAAAAGCUAGAUCGAACCGUCUCCCAUAAGGAACCACUUGAAACCGAGGAGCCAUGCAUACGUAAAUCGUUCAUAUUGGAUUUAUUGAGCAAGAGCUCUGUGCCACGUGAUCCGUUGAUAUCGCCGAUGUAUGCAACCGAUGAAGUUAUACGACAGUUACCACCAGUUUAUUUUGUGGCCUGUCAUUUGGAUCCGCUUUUGGACGACACUAUCGCUUUUGCUCAACGGGUUCAAGCAGCGGGCGGCCGUGUAGCGUCCAUGGAUCUGCUGCCUGCUGUUCCACAUGGUUUCCUGAACUUCACUUUAAUGUCUCCCGAAUGUCGUCGCGGUGCAAAAAUCUGCUUGCAACGAAUUAAGGAUGCACUUGGUUAUGUGGAUAAUGCGGUGAUUUAG